AUGGCUGGUGAUUACGGUUUCGACCCGCUUCGCCUCGGCGCGAACGUGGAGACGCUUCCGUACCUGCAAGAGGCGGAGCUCAUGAAUGGCCGAUGGGCGAUGGCUGCGACGGCGGGCAUCUUGUUCACCGAUGCCACGGGCCUGCCGAAGUGGUGGGAAGCCGGCGCUGCGGACUACGGCUAUGACUUCCAAACGCUCGUCGCGUUCCAAGUCGUCGUCAUGGGUGUCCUCGAGGCGUUCCGCGUCCGCGGUCUCAUGAAGACGGGCGAAUCUGGCGUGUUGAACAUGUUCCCGUUCGACCCGGCUGGACUCGAUGCUCCGGAUAAGCGGGUGAAGGAAGUGAAGAACGGCCGCCUCGCCAUGGUGGCGUUCCUUGGCAUGGUUUCGUCCUACGCGGUCACCGGCCUCUCCCCGUUGGAGGCUUUGGAGGCGCACAUGGCCAACCCGCAAGCCGUGAACUUGUUCACCUCCGCCGUCGGUGGCGAAUCCGUCGCCUUCAUCGCCUUCUUGUCCUGCGCGCCGACCUUCUUGCUCGCGCAAAAGACUCUCGGCGAUGGUAAGGAAGAAUUCCGCCCGAUCCCGUGGUAG